AAUUUUCAUUCGAAUCAUCGUCAUCAGUGCUUAUGGAAGUUAUUUUUCCGUGAAAUAUACGUGUUUUCAGUAUCUUUUUUAUAAAAGUUGGUGUGAUUUCGCUAGUAAAAAUUAUAUUCAUACAAACAAUAGAGCAAUCGGAUUCAUUGUUUUUUGGGCAGUGCUAGCUUUUUGUCGCGAUCGGAAACGACACGUAAAAUCGGAAUAGGCGUUUCACGUCAUUUUCCUUGCGGAGGAAGUGUGCGAUGUGCUGUGUGGUGCCAAGUUAAAAACUGGGUGUGAAAAGUAAAUGACGUUCUGUGUCAAUGGAAUAAACAGGAAAAUAAUUGACUGGUUUGCGUCGGAAUAUAUUUGGGAUGUUUUUACUAUCAACUGAAUCAUAGAAUUAACUGCGCUAUCCGGCGUUUUGGCUUCCACUAUUUGUCCAUCUAUUCACCACUGAAAAUCAUUCUGUUCCAAUAGAAAAAUAUCGUAGCGAAAAAAAUCAACGCAAUAGUAUAAACAGCCCCAUCGUACUUUUUCUUUCAUCAAAAACAACGCAAGCACACCGGAAGCAGGAUCUAUUUGUUGAUUUAGGUUAGGGUAUUUCGCGUUCUUUUCUAAGAAGCGAACCUUUAAAGAAAACAGCGAACAACAAAAGGCACCACCAGCAACAAUGGGGAACGUUUUCGCGAAUCUGUUCAAAGGGUUGUUCGGCAAGAAGGAGAUGAGAAUACUGAUGGUUGGAUUGGAUGCCGCUGGUAAAACCACAAUCCUGUAUAAACUAAAAUUAGGAGAAAUUGUUACAACGAUUCCUACCAUUGGUUUCAAUGUGGAGACUGUAGAAUACAAAAAUAUUAGUUUUACAGUAUGGGACGUGGGCGGUCAGGACAAGAUUCGGCCACUGUGGAGGCAUUACUUUCAGAACACACAAGGACUUAUCUUUGUCGUAGACAGUAACGACAGAGAGCGUAUCGGCGAAGCCAGAGAAGAACUGAUGCGAAUGCUGGCAGAAGACGAGCUUAGAGAUGCGGUUUUACUUAUAUUUGCAAACAAACAGGAUCUACCAAAUGCAAUGAAUGCCGCGGAGAUCACCGACAAGCUGGGCCUGCAUUCGCUGAGAAAUCGCAACUGGUACAUUCAGGCAACCUGCGCAACCAGCGGAGACGGUCUGUACGAGGGUCUCGACUGGCUGUCCAACCAGCUGAAGAAUGCUAAUCGUUAAGGAAGGGAACUGAAGCAAAAAAGAGCAGCCUCGACAGACGCGCAGUACAGGACGCGAACUAGCAAUGCGAGCGAGCGAGAUCGAGAUAAAUAUUAAGCAAGAGCGUAAGAGAAUAAGAAAAGCUCCGAAAAAGAUGCUGUUGAGAUAGGGAAAACCAACAAAUAAUGUAGCAAAAAAAAAAUUAACAAAAAACUCAGAAAACCAACUCCCUCUUAAAGAAAAUAAGGAAAAACAUUAAAAUGCAGAAGCCAGCCAGGUGAUGUGUGUGUGAAUGAUUAUAUAAAAAUGAAAGAAAUAAUAUAAAGUAAUAUAAUGAUAAAAUAAAGGAAAACACACUGAAAAAAAAGAAACAAAAAUGAUGCUGACGCGUAUUGAAAAAAAUUAGCAUGUGAGAAUAAAACAUAAGCUAAGCUGUGCAAGUGAGCUGAAAUAAACCUUGGCAAAGGAGUAAGUGAAAAACAAACGAUCAACAUGUGCUUAUUAUUGAUUGUACUACGCAAACAGCUGUGUCCUGAAGCUUUUUCGCUGUCGCAGUACGAAGAAAAAUGGCAUUAUCAGUCCUGUUAAAUUUUUAUGCAUCUUUCGUGAGGAACAAUUUUUGAUAUCAUUCUGCCAAAACUCGGCUUGUACCGGCGGUGUUCCGCUUUCUAUCCGUUGGUAAUGCGCAAGUAAGGCUGCCUCUUUUAGAUACAAUUAUUUUUUUUUUCAUUGUGCAAAGGGACUCGUUUAUGUUUCACCUGUUCGAGGGUAUAUAAAAAAUAACUAAAAUAGAUUUUAUUUAUUAUUGCUCCUUCCUUUAUUAGUACACGAUUGAUGACUAGAAUACAGUUAUUGAGAAGUAAAGAAACAUUCGCAUACGGAUAAGAACACUAGAAGAUGAAAAAAGAUUUUGUUUGCUUAAAUUUCGUGAAACGGAUACGUCUAGGAUGGCUUUUCAGGAAGGGCUAUUUGAUAAGGAUUCCACUUUUGAAAUUAAAACACAAGUACACAAUUCACGUGCAAGUGCAACAAAAGAAAAUACGGAAGAGACUGCAAAAAUCACUGUCAUAAUUCGUGAGAAAGGUGAAGAAAUAUGCAAGGAAUUCUGACUGUGACAUAUGCAUCAACUGAAACAGCUAAUGACAGAAACUGAAACCAAUAAAAGACGCUACCACAUUGAAAAGAGUCACUGUAAACAGCAUCAACAGGUGAAACAAAGAAUAUCCGGGAAUGACAUCCGAAAACGUUCAUUCAAAAUCAGUUUAAGGAGAAAAUUACAGCUACAAGUGUAACAGUUACGUUUAAUUAAGAUGAAUAAAACACUAUAUAUAGACGA